AUGGGGGAGCAGUGGGCCCCCGGCACUCAGAGAGACAAGGCGGGAGGCGCGCAGGGGUUGGCCAAGUACCGUGAACUCAAGCCUAGACGAGCUAAGGCAAAUUGA